GACGUCAUGACUUCGCUGAAUGUCCACAUGCCCUGCAGAAAAUAACCCCAUCGUCAGGAGCCACUGUGUUUAACCAGAGCAGACCGGUAGAGCGCGAGCCAGACCUCCCAUUACACUCGCACCGACUGAGACUCAGUAUGGUGAAAAAGAGCAGGAGCCCUGUGACAUACUCUAAAAUGAAGGGGAUCAUCUCAUACUUUGCUGCUUUAAUCAGAGAGAGAAAACAUGGUUCGACUGACCUGCUACAGAAGAUUGGGACCCGAAUUCCAGGCUAUCAGAAUACGGAUUCGGAGUGGUUUCUGAGACCAGAAGCCAAUUUAUCUGAUGAGUCUGCAGCAGCUGCACAGUGCUUCUGCAGUACAGCACAGGAGCUGAAAAGAUCUCAGGUUUCGGCAGCAGAUUUCGACUACUUGAAGGUGAUUGGAAUAGGCAGUUUUGGCAAGGUUCUUUUAGCAAAAUAUAAGGAGAACAAUGGAUACUAUGCAGUCAAAGUUUUACAGAAGCACAUCAUUCUGAAGAAAGAAGCGGAAGGAAACAUUAUGUGUGAGCGUAACGUGCUAGCGAAAACUCUGAAUCACCCGUUCUUGGUGCGGCUUCACUUCAGCUUUCAGACCAAAGAGAGGCUCUGUCUAGUGUUGGACUACGCAAGUGGUGGAGAGCUCUUCUACCACCUCCAAAAAGAACGUGUGUUCAAGGAGCCCAGAGCCAGAUUUUACGCUGCAGAAAUGGCCAGUGCAUUAGGAUACUUACAUUCCCUGCAUAUUAUCUACAGGGACCUGAAGCCAGAGAACAUCUUGCUCGACUCUGAAGGCCACGUAGUCCUAACAGAUUUUGGCUUGUGUAAAGAGGGCAUAGUGGGACGUGCAACCACCAAAACCUUUUGUGGAACUCCUGAAUACCUGGCACCUGAGGUUCUCCAGCAGCAGGAGUAUGACCGUACUGUGGACUGGUGGGGGCUUGGAGCUGUUCUGCAUGAAAUGCUUUAUGGUUUGCCACCCUUCUACAGUGCAGACCACAUAAAGAUGUUAGGCAAUAUAAUUUAUCAACCACUCGUCCUAAAGGCUGGAGUUUCGAAGGCUGGAAGAGAUUUUCUCAAAAGCUUGCUCAAUAAAGACAGAUCUAAGAGACUUGGUGCUAAACAUGACGUGGACGAGCUGAAGCGGCAUUCGUUCUUUUCCUCUAUUCAAUGGGAUGACCUUGUGGCAAAGAAAAUCCCACCUCCCUUCGUUCCCUCACUGUCUGGCCCUGAUGACUUGACAAACAUUAACCCUGCAUUCACAAGACUUCCUGUCCCAGAGUUUCUGGGUGUGUGUGAGGAGGCUGGGCUGACCUUCCCUGGCUUCAGCUAUGUGAGUGCAAACAUCUCAUUGAUGUCCACGUAGGUGUUCAGACGUGUGAUCAACGAAGUCAAAUCGAGCCUGCGUCCUGGAAAACUGACCACGAUUAUACCUCACAGAGUGGAUAUGGAUGUUUACCUUCAAGAUUUCUUCUUCUAAUUUUUGUUUUGUUUUUAUUUUCAAUUUUCGUAUUGAUUAUUUUCUGGUUGCCAUUUGGACCACUGCAUUGCUGCUGCACUGAGACUAUCAGUCCUGAAAUCAGUGAAUCAACGGUGUUAAUUUUAUUUACAUUUUUUAUAAUUUUGUAUUUGAUUUUGCAUUUAAUUUUGAUGAUUAUGUGUAUUAUCUUUAAUGUAUUCACAGAUUUGUACAUACAUUCUGCAGUUAUUUGUUGCAUCAAUUAAUUUAUUCAUUCAUUCAUAAAUUUAUUUUUAAUAUCCUAAUAUUGCGUCUUUGGCAACUAUAACACAAUUCGUAAAUUUUAUAAAAUUGUGUAAAUUAUGUAAAACUAAAAAAAAAAAAAAUAUCAGUGUUCCAUGUUGCUAUUAAAGUUCGUGGAAAAAUAAUCUUCCUCUGAGCUUCUUUAUGUUUCUUCAUGGGUAACCAUAUAAUUAAAGACAACUAUCACUUUAUUGCACAGAUAGGAAGUUGCUUCAUGAUGUUGUGUGUAC